CUAUUCCUUUUCAACAAUGUCGAAUCGAGAUUCUUUGAGCGCUGACGAGAGUAUGAGCAAUGUUUUGGAAAAUAAAAGCAUUGAUUUAGAAUCUUACCGAAAACUAGUCAAGCAUUACAUUGACAUGCACUUGUACAAUGCAGCUUUGUUUUGGGCAGAUAAAGUUCUUUCAUUAGGUAAUGAAAACUUCAAAGAUGUAUGCGUUUUGGCUCAGUGUAUGUACUUGAUGAAGCAGUAUCACCGGGCGGCUCAUUUAAUCAGAAGUCGUGGACUGGAAAAGAAAAAUGUCUUAUGUCACUACUUGGUAAUUCGUUCUCUUUACGAAGCUAAAGAAUUGACAGAAGCAGUGCAAGUGAUAAAUGAGUUUGAAACCUUGACAAACAUGAAUCAAACAGAAAGCAGCUUCUUUGAUCAAUCCAUAGUUAUAGAAGAUGCUCCAAAAAAUGUAAAAAGUGCGAUCCUAUACAUCAAAGGGAAGAUUUACGAAGCUAUGGAUAACAGAGCAGUGGCCACUGAAUGUUACAAGCAAUCACUCCAUCUUGAUGUGUAUUCUUAUCAAGCUUUUGAGGCCCUUGUACAAAAUCAGAUGCUUUCUGCAGCUGAAGAAAACGAACUUUUGGAAUCUCUACCCUUUGUUGAACAGUGUAAAGAAUCUGAUGCUGAAUUAGUGAAACUUCUGUACGAAAGUAAAUUAAAAAAAUAUCAAGCACCAGCAGAGAAUAAUUUCCUAAUAUCUGAUGGAGUACUUGUUAAAGAUAGUUUAAAGAAUAACUUGGACAUCAAAGUUGCUAAAGCAGAAAGACUGUAUUACAAUUGUGAUUAUUAUCAAUGCUUCUCAUUGACAGAAAGUAUAUUAAAAUCUGAUCCAUACCAUAGUGCCUGUUUACCUGUACACAUAGCUUGUUUAGUAGAAUUAAGAAAGACAAAUGCCUUAUUUUAUUUGGCUCAUAAAUUAGUGGAUCUAUAUCCAGAUUUAGCGCUGUCAUGGUUUGCAGUUGGCUGUUAUUAUUACAGUAUAGGAAAAAGUGAUCCAGCUAGAAGAUACUUAGCAAAAGCCACGUCUUUAGAUCACUUAUUUGGUCCAGCAUGGCUAGCUUAUGGUCAUUCCUUUGCAGUUGAAAAUGAGCACGAUCAAGCAAUGGCUGCUUAUUUCAAAGCUUCACAAUUAAUGAAAGGGUGUCAUUUAUCACUAUUGUACAUAGGUCUCGAAUGUGGUUUGACCAACAAUGUUAAAUUAGCAGAUAAAUUUUUCCAACAAGCACAGAGCAUAGCUCCUGAUGAUCCAUUCGUAAUACAUGAAACUGCUGUUAUUUCUUUCUAUAAUUUAGAUUAUAAAAAUGCUGAGAAGCAGUUUAAAGAAGCCAUGAAAAAAAUUCAAAACGGACGGAAGGAUGUUAUACUCCCAAGCAAAUGGGAAGCUCUGUUAAAUAACUUAGGACAUACUUGCAGAAAGUUGAAAAAAUAUGAAGAGGCAUUGGAUUAUUAUCAGCAGGCGUUGGUAUUAAAUCCGCUCAGUUCGGCAACUUAUUCUGCAAUUGGUUUUACACAUGCUCUUAUGGGUAAUGCUCAAGAAGCAGUUGAUGCAUGUCACAGAGCUCUUGGCAUCAGAAGAGAUGAUACUUUCACAACUACACUAUUGGGAUUUGUUUUAGAACAACUUAUAAAUGAAACCCCUCCAUUUCCGGAUGCUCCAUUAGAGCUACCGAAGUACGAGUCUAGAGAGUCUCGCAAAAAAAUGGAUGAAACUAUUACAACAGCUACAGGGGAAGAUCAACAAAUGGAAAAAUUGAGAGUUAAUUUAUUUUCUGGGUGGACUGAAAAUUCAUCUAAGGGAGAUGACAUGUCUACUAGUGAAGUAGAAAUGCUUGAUUCAUCGAAUAUGAAACAAGAGUAAAAAUAAAGUAACAUUUUUUAUUCUUUUAAAAUUGUUUGUUCUAAUUUAAUUAGUACCCUCAGUUAAAAUCUUUUUUCUUAAUUAAUUUUUCAAAAGAGU